UGCAUUUUUUUUUCAUAAAUCAGUUUGCAUAAUACUUGAAGCUGCAAAAUUAAAAUUAGAGACUUUUUAAAAGAUAUGGCUUCAAGCUGCAAUGAUUUCACAAUCAAAUAAAGACCAGCACAUCAUAAACACUGAAAAAAAUUACAAACAGGACUUAGACUCUCCCACCAACCAAACAGCAGAAAAAUACAAGUGCAAUUACUGGCUGCUAUGUGAACUGUUAUCUACCAAAUGGUUUUCUUACAGUACUGAGAUCUUUGUCUCCAUACUGCAUGCUUUCAACAAAUGUGGUUUGCAUUUCACCCAAGAAACACAGGAUCUCCUUUUUAAUAUCUGUAUUAAAAAAGCUAAUGGUUUGACAAUAAGUUGUCUGUAGUAAAUAGCUGAAAGGAAGCAAACUGUUCAAAGUUGGAAACAAAUAAAGGUUUACAUCCCUGCAGUGGUCAAAUUCAUAUUAAACUCCUAAAUUGGAAAUCCACAGGUGCAGAAUGGAAGGGUUUUGGAGAAAAGCAAGAUGGUAGAUUGAAGUAUGAAAACUUUAAAGUGGGUGAGAACUGUGUGGGAAAUAUGAUUCUUUGAAUGUUUAUUGAAAAGAAAGGCAAUGUCUUGUAAAGACAGCACUGGGAAAAUGACAGAUUCCAUGGUGGCCUGAGAGGUCAGGAAAAGAGAAUGCAUGAUGUGCUGUGCUCAGUGAUCUCUUCAAGAAGAAAGGACUUGGAGAAAUGAUCAUGUAGAUAAAUGUGAUAAGCAGAGAAAUAGUUGAAUUUGAAUAUUUGGAAAUCAUGGCAUCCUCUCAGGUAAAAUGAAAAAACAUCAUCAUUAGCAAAAAUGGCACAACCUCUACCAGCAGAGGUAGAUAAUCAAUCAUUGACCACCUGAACUGCAAGAAAAAUUUGGGGUGAAGCACACGCUGGAAAAAAAAGGAAGUUGCAAAGACCUUUUAAGAGAAUGGUUAGAAAAUGAAAAAAUAUUACUCUUUCAAAGAAGGAAAAGCAAAUAAAUGCUUCAGAACUGUAAAGGCAAUAUGAAUAAAUAGAUAAUUUUAAUUAUUUCUGAAGUGUUGAGGCAAGAUGCAAACAUUAAGAGCACAAUAUUAGAAGAUAACUUUCUCCUCCGUCACGUUUUCUUGAAAAUCAUAUUUGUGAAACAAAUCUACUCCCAUGGACACACUGAACUCCAACAUGAAGUAGCUGGUUACAAUAUAAAAAAAUAAAAAAUAAAAAAAUAACACAUCACAUGAAGUGGAAAUUAUGAUUGAGAAAGAUAACAUAAGGCAAUGAACAACUAUGAAGGACUGAGGAAACUGUUGAAGGUGCUGGAAUCAGCCUCAGAAGCAGCCUGUUUUCUCAGAUAAUUAUCAGGCUCUGAAGAGAAGUACUCUGCACAGAGAAUCACUGGACAAGAGCAUUUACCUACAGAAGGAGCUGAGACACUCCACAAGAUUAAUUCAGUCACAUGCAGCAAAUUGUGGCUGAUGUCAGGGUUGGAAUAACCCUGGUAGAAAGCACAAUUUACCUUGGAAACAAGGAUCAUGCAUAAGUCUGGAAUCUCAGUCCCCAAAAGAAUGUGUUGCUCACAAUAUAUUGUUCAAAAGGAACAAGCAUUUAGGGAAUCUGUUUUCAAAUAGAAAUUUUUCAUGUUUUAGUUAUGGUUUUUAGCAGUGUGAUGACAGAAUGUGGGAAAAUAAGGCCGCCACUGCAAGAGAGAGUCCUGGCAUGACUCAAAAGCAAAGGACCACAACACAGCUUAGAUAAUCAAACCUGGUGCCAGUGAAGGAACAAGGAUUUUCUUGGCAAAGAAACACUUCUCAUAGACACAGAUUUGCUCAUCUCUGUUUUGAAUAAGGAACUACAAGCACAAAGAUGGGAUGGUCAGAGCCCAUGGCUCCCACAACAAGCACGCUGCACGGACAGGAGAGGGUGUUCUUAAAGGCAGAGAAGGAAUUAGAAGAUGCAGGCACACCUGAUGAAAAAGUAAACAGUGCUGGAGAAGAGAAUUUGACUCUCAGAAUAAAAGAGCUGGAAAAGUCAAGGGAAAAACUGAAAGGUGUUCUGGAGGACUGCGUGGAGUCAAAUUCCAUCCUGAGAAAUAGGAUGAGAGAGCUGGAGCUGUCACACCAAACACUUCUUGUGAGGAUUGAUCAACUUUGUGUGAAGCUGGGCCAGGUUGAAAAUGCCAAUCUGCGUGUUAAAGGGAAACUGCAAAGCAUUCAGGAGGACCUGAUCCACUUGGUUGAAAACCAAAAGAAGUCAGAGAAGAAGAACAAGGAAAAGUUGCGUUGGCUUCAGGAGCAGCUGAAGACAAAAGAGGAUGAAAUAAAAAGCCAGUCAGAAUAUUUUGAGCACUACAAACAAAGGCAGAGACAACAGACAGCAGUACUGAGGAAAAGGGACUGUUACCUUCAGGGUGAAGUAUCUAGGCUGGAAAAGCAAGUCUUGGAUCUUAAUGCCCAUAUUGCUCUUUUGACAUCCAAGUUAGAAGAGGGAAUGGUGCAGCACCUCCAGCAGUCAGUGUUCAGUGGGACUCAGGGCUGUAAACACCCUGGCAGGGAAGAAAUGGAAUGGAAGGCUUGUAUUGAAAAUGUGGAGCAUGAUGUGAAAAGCUACCUUAAGGCAUUAGAGCAAAACCUGAAGUUCUUGAGGGAAAAAGAAGAGAACACUAGCAGAGAACAGGCACACCUGCUGACUGAACUGCAGUGCUCUCAGAACACUGAAGACUUUCUCAGAACUAAAUUGGAAGAAUCUCACCAUCAGAUCUAUAGCUUAAAAUUAUCUGAAAUCAAACUACAGGAAAAAGUGGAAGAGCUUUUAGAUGAAAACAGAACUUUAAAAAAUCAAAGUACUAUGAAGUUGAAAAAGAAGAAAGAAAAAUACUCAGAACUUACAAGAUUGGUGGAUGGGGACAGCAGUGUUUACCUGGUAAGUCAACUGGAUGAAGUUCAGCAUCUGAAAUGGAGGGUAGUCUUGGAUUCACUCAGAAGCAGAGCUACUCAAACUCCAGUUGUGCUGCUACAUGAUAAAGAGUCUGAAACACCAGCCUGUAAUUGUGAGGGACUAAAGCAGAUGGAAGAGCUUCCAGAAGACCUUGUACUAGUUUUGGAAUGCAGUUCCAGUGCCUUUGUGAAAGUUGCUGGUCUAGCUGAGACUGAGCAGGUCACCCUUGGACCACAGAGGGCAAAUACUCUAAAGGACAGUUUGAGGUGUACCCCAAGUCAUCGUGCAGCAGGACUGCUUCCCCCUUGUUCUGAGAAGUUACCCAGUGAUGAGACAAGUAAGGAAACCAAAGAUGAAGAAACUUUUUUUCUCUUGAGGGAACACACCAUAACUCCAUCAGUGAAGACAUUCCCUGCUUCUGUGGUUGAAAUCUUAAUGAGGAAGAAGCUCCAACUGACCUUGUUUGAGCCUGGGAGAUGUCACAUAACAGCUUUCACUGCUGAAAAGAAAGUGAGGAAUUUGAGUUUCUGUGAGACAAAUACUAAUCUUUGGUCUGAUGGACUUUGCAUUGUUGCAAAAGGAGGAUUUUAUGACAGAGCUACUGAAUUUCUUCAUGGGACAUUGCCUUCCACUGUGGCUGAAAUUUUCACAACAUGUCUAGAAGAAUGCAACGUGGAAAAACAUUGGGGAAACAAGCAAAUUCUGCCAGGAAGUGUGAGUGAGAAAAAAUGUCUGGAUAAAGAUGUGGAUGAUGAAAAGUAUCACCAAAAAGUCUUUACAGGGAGAGCUGAAAGAGAGGAAAUACAGAAUGAUGAAGCCAAACAUGAACAGGUGACCUGUGAUCUUGAGGAAAGUUCUAAAGUUUCCUACAGAAAUGAAUUAUUCAGUCCUGGAAAGCAAGGAGUGGAAGCCAGAGAGAGUCUCCAUAGCACACAGGGUGCCCAGAGUUUACCUAUUGAUUUCAAAGUCUUUCAAAAGUGUUUUGAAGGGAGUCCUGAACGAAUGGAGAAAGAAGAAAAUAUUUCAGAAAACUGCAUCCCUGAUGUGAAUAGUGAACAUAAUGGAGAAGACAUGAUUGAAAUGGAAGAGAAAGGAAAGCAGGCUCAGAAACCAACUCACCAAACAAGCCCCUCCAGCAAUAUUGGCCUGAAAAAAAGGAAAGACCAGACCUUGAAACUCCAUGAACCAGAUAAGGAUUUCUCAUGUCAAAAAAUAGCUGCUAAAAAUGUGCAGCAUGAAUACUCUCACUUUUUUUUUUCAUCAGAUGAAGAGAGAUAUCUGCUAAACUUGCUGUUUCCUCUGCAAGAGAGGCCUGUGUGCUUAAGCAAACUAUUCCAGCCAGGGAACAGUUUUUAUAGGUGUUUCUGUCCUCUAUCAACCUGGAAAGCUGGAAAUGAAUGUGAUGUGAGAAUAUCUGUACUGGAAAAAGCAGUGGCUGCAUGUUCUCAGAGGAUAUUUCUGCUGAUGCAAGAGAAUGAGAAUUAUGCCAAAAAAGUCAGUAUGUUACAACAGGAGAAUGAAAGAUAUGCCCAGAUGAUGUGUGCCCUGGAAGAGGAGAUGGAUGCAUAUUUUCAAUAUGUUUUAGCAGCAGAUGAAGCUAACAUCGUUUCAUUCCAAAACUUAGUUAAUGAGAAAGAAAUUGCUGGUGGAUGUUAUGAUAACUUUACAGAAGAAAGCACCAUGACCCCAGGAACAUCUUCAGUUGCAACUUUUUCUAAGAAUCUCUCGUAUGCUGAAGAGAAAAACAGGAAUUCUGAAAAAGACUCAUGGACAUUUGCUUCAAAUAAACUUCAUGGGAGUGUUCUAUCCCUGAAUGGAAGGAAAAUGAGAUACUUCCAGCUGCUUUCUUACCUGAAAGAAGAAAGAAGCAGGUGCUUCAAAGAAAUGGCUAAAUUAUUACAAGACAAGGAGAACUGUGUAGCAAAAUAUAAUGAACUACUGCAAGAGAGAAAGAGAAAUUUACAAAGAAUAGCUCUUUCAGAAGGUGAAAAAGAAACUUUGUUGGCACAAUUGUCAGAGAUAAAGUGUGAGCAAGACAAAUACAGGGCUUUAGUUUCAGAGCUCCAAGACUGCAAAACUAACUGUUAUCAAACCAUUUCUGACUUACAGGAGGAAAAACGUGUGCUGCAAAGAGAGAUUGACAGAAUCAAGCAAAAAACUUCAGAACAGCUCGGUGAACUUCAGAAAGCAAAUGAGAACUUUAUUUUAGAAAAUAAAAAUUUAAAAGAGUUAAUGUCUUCUUUGGGUUUCACCUAUGAAGAGCUGAGAAAAGAGAAAAGUAUAGGAACAAACAAAAAUAUAGUAAAACUAAAAGAAGAAAGUCAACAAGCUGGUCUUAAGCCAAAGAAAGUUGAAACAGCAUGUAGUGUAACACAAACUGAAGAACGGGGAGUUCUGGCUACAGAUCCUUCAGAUUAUUCCCCUGGCAAAAAGGGCAGCAUGUUUGAAAACUACAAUAUGAUGAAAGAGCAAGUCAGAAAGGUGGAAGAUCAACUAAAAAUACAGCAAAAGGAAUUAGAAAAAUCAAAAAAAGAGGCUCAGAAGUGGUACAGAGAGCUUGGUUUUGCUGAAACAAGGUAUGAAGAGACCAAAACUCGUUUGAGGCAGGCUCUCUCAGAAUUAGACCACCUUAAACAAGAAGCUGGGGACAAAAUGCGGGGAAAGCAGCACUGCAAAUUAAUGCCUGUGUACACAUUGAAGGAUGCCCAGGAAAAAGAGGUGAAUAAAAUAGCCAGUAAGAGAUUAGAGCAGCAAGUGUUGACCUUGAAAGCCCAGCUCAGGGACCAGGCUGCUUUACAAAAUCAGUUUCAUGACUUGCAGAAUGAAGUGGAACUCCUUCAGGCUCAGCUAUGUGAAAAGGAGAAAGAGCUGCAGAAGAGCAAGUCUGAAGUGAAGUUGACAUUAGCUCCUCUGAAGGCUAAGCUGGCUUGCCUCACCCAAAAGUGCCAGGAAAGGAACAGCUUCAUUAGGAGGAUGCAUGAUGAAUUCCACAGGCAAGGAUUUAUUAACUCUGCAUUGGAUGAAGAGAUGAAGAGCCUGGUGAAUGACAUGACCCUGGCAGAGUACAUGGUUGCUUUUACACCAAUGUGUAAUCAAGUGAUGCUGCCUUCCUCCACAGAUGUUUCACAGGCUAAGGGGCAGCCAGAGGGUCGUGUGGCAGGUGCCAAAGGGAAGAGGAGGAUUGGGUCAGCAUCUGGUGACUCUCAGCCAGGGAUGGGUGGCCCCCACAGCUCUCCCCUCACCCCAAACCUCUGUGCUGCUUCUUCUGUCACAGUAGCAAGCCCAGAGAGGAUCACAGCCUUGCAUUGAGAGCUGAGAGAAAACCACCCCAAAAACUGCCAGAGAUGGGUUUACCACUUGAUUCAGUCUGUAUUAUUUAACAGUUGAGAGAGGCAUCCUGAUGUUCAAUUCAGAGAUGAGGACGAACUAGGAUGUUGCAGUAACUUACAAUGCAGAAUGCAAGGGAAGAAUGUAUCAGUCACACAGAAGAAGCAGUAGAGCUCUGAAGGAUGGAUAAAAUGUGGUUUGGCCUGAAGGUGACUGCAGCUGCUCCGUUAUGGGAAAAAGUGAGAAGUUGCCCUAAGUUGCCAUCUGCACCAUUUCAGCCACCUGCUGUAGUAGAAGCUGGCCAUGCACACCAGCCCAAAGUGUGGUUUGAAUCUGAGUUUUGUUUUGUUUUCUUGGGAUCUCAGCAUUUGCAUUUUAAAGCAAUUACCAAGCACAAUCUCCAUCUUCAUGGGUCUGCUUAUGUGGAUAUGCAGUAUCUUCAGCCUUGUGUGGCUUUGAGCAUUCCUGAAAGAGCCUUUGAUCUGAGUUGGGAUGUUUAGUAUAUCUGAGAAUGUGGUACUUGAGGGUACAAACUGUUUAGCAAAUGAGACAGAAUGGCAUUUUUUACAAGGCAAAGUUGGAAUUGGGAAUGAUCUUCGUGUGUGCUGAGAGGCACUUGGAACAUCAAAGUGCUCUGUCCUGAUACUCUGAGUAUUUCAACCACAUGAAUAGACCACACUGAAUUUAACUUUCAGAUAAAACACUUGCAAGCACACAUGCUUCUCCUGAAAGAGGCCCUUUUGUGCACUCUGGUUGGCAGCAGCACGUAUGACACAAACACAUUUUGCAGCCGUGCUGCCCAAUACAGAUUACACACCACAACCCCCACUCUUCACCUCUGGGAGCCCCUUGGGAAGGCAGGGAGAUGUGAGUGCAGACACCAGAGCUGUGCCUGAGGAGGCCUGGGGGUGCCUCCAUCCAUUCUGUGACUAGAGGCACACAGCACUAUUGAGUCAGUGGCAAUACUUGUGCUGACCUGAACGGCAGCAGCUGCUCUCAAACUCCUACAUUGGAAUGCACUUUCAGUUUUGAAAACUGUUUUUUGUCUUGUAUUUCUCUUUUGCUUUUUUAACAUUGAGCUAGCUGCUAGGACGUGCUGUCUUUACAACGUGUAGUUGCCCAGUAAUUACAGAUAUCCUCUGAAAAGAAGCAGAAGAAUAAACCGUGGAAUCCCAAAUCAGAUUAAUGUAAUGUGCAUUUCUAGAUUACAAUUAGUAACAAGAUGACAUGUUGUCAUGGUAACAUGUGAAGCUUAACUACAAGUUCCUAAAAUAAAGCAAUGACAUAUGUGUAGGUUUCUAUCCAUUUGCAUACUAUCCACAUGAAAACAUACAUAAUUUCUACAACACUCAGGCAAUUAAACCCUACUUCUUUCUUCUGAAUUAAGUGUUGAACUAAAAUAUCAGGCCUCUUUCCUAGUAUUUAUGCAAAAUCUCCCACUAUCAAUUAUAAAUGUUUAUGAUUAAGUCAUCCAUUUUGUAACAUCUUAAGCUUUCUGCCUUUUGGUUUCAUUUUAGAACAAUUAGAGUAAGGAAUGUAGAGCACUCUUCACUCUUUGUGGUUUGUACCACAUUGUUCUUGAAAUUCUACUGCCUCCUCAUACAAAAAUUGUCCAACCAAUAUAGGAAAGGUCUGCUUAUUAAUUACAUUGAUAGACCAGUGGAUGUGUUUCAUGUGGCUGAGGACUGGGAAGUAAAAGCCCAACUUUACCUCAAAUCAGUGGAAGAAAGCAGUAAACUUUUCAUGUGAGAUUGCUAGCUAAGACAGAAAGCCUAGAUAUUAUUUUCUAGUUGCCUUACAGUGAGAAGUGUUGUUGUCUACUUGUUAGUGAGUCUGAGUUUCUUUCACUAAACAGAAGUUAACUUGUUUAACAUGCUAUCUAUGGUAGAGUUACCAGGACAUGCUUUACAUGUAUUGUCAUUUCAUGGUAAACCUUCAGAGAAUGAAAAAUUGGGCGCUUUGUUCUGAUUGCUUUCUAUGCACAACAUUGUUUUGGCCAAAUUCUUUAGUCAAAAUUAAGAUGCUGCUAAGUUCUAUGAGUAAAUGCAAUCUCCUUCUGUCACCCUAAUUAGAAAAGAUGGGCAAUGUUACAUGGAAAAUAUGGUUUCUUUGGCAGUUCACUUAUUUAUGUAUACUUUACUGUACAGACCAUUUGAGGAUAUUGAAAAUACAGAUUACAGGUUGCUCCUUAAGCGACCUUUAAAUCCCAAAUUCUGUUCUUCACACCACUAUGGUUGGCAAAUGCUGCAAGUACAAUGAUUGACUCUGGCGUGAUAAUCACGUUAUAUUCAGAAUAAUGCAGUUGCUGGGAAGUGUGUCACAUACACAGCAGAGUUCCCAGGAUAAGCUGCCUGCUAAAGCAUGGCUGAUGUUUGUCCUUGUGGCCUUUUGAAAAGUGGAAAUUCUGAUUUUUGUGUUUCAUAAAUCUACCUGUAUUUCUCACUUGCAGAUGAAGGUUUUUAAUAUUUGAAUUUACUGUGGUUAUGGGGUGGAGGGAGGGACAUGUGCAGGCUGGGUUUUGCCACUAAUCCUUUGGAAAUCCUUUAGUGCCUUAAGGAGGCAGAGGGGUAACAGGCCCUAGGAUUACAGAAACUUGUUCAAACCUCUUUCCUGCUUUAGAAGAAUUCCUUUAAAAUAUAUUGUGCUUUUGGCUCUAAAUAUAUUUGCAUUAGAAAUCAGUAGCCAUGGGAUUAUGGACAGGAAUUUCUGCCCCUGUAGAAAUGUUAGGAAAGAGAGUAUACUAUUUCUUGUAUAGGAUAUAAUCUAAAAAUAUAACUAACUUAAAUUCUACAGUUGGGGUCCAUACUAGGAAAGUUGCAAGUUGCAGUUAAAGGCAGGAAAAAAAAGAGGAAAAAAAGAAAAAAGGAGAAAGUUUAAAUAUACUGGACUAAAUGCUUGUAUCAUUUACUGGCAAAUUUCCACAGGGUUUCUUGGGACCAAGAUUUCAUGCUUGCUUCUACUUGGCUUAAGAAAUUCUCAGAUGUGGUAGAUAUGUGGGUAUCAUGUUCUCUUUAAUGUUGUAGGAGAGGAAAAGAGAGAUUAGUAGUUUUGGACACCUGCCUUGAUUUGGAGUUGCUGGGAUCUGUGGUAUAAAUCUCUGUUCACUAUUGUUUCUCUGUAACGUGGACUCUUGCUUUGGGAAUAUGAAUAUGCAAAUGUAAAUUCCAAUGUGAGAGGUUCCUGUGCAGUGUGCCAACCGAUGCCAAACAACUACAUUUCUCUACUCUC